AUGUCCAACCGUUCCACCAACAUGAACUGUAGUCAGAAUUGCAGCCUCUAUGACAUGGACUAUUUCGAUAGCUACUCUGAUUACCCUGUCAAUAUCUUCCCCAUUCCGAUCUUGACCGGGAUCACCAUUACCUGCAUUCUGUUGGCAUUGAUUGGCAUCAGCGGGAAUGUCAUGACAAUCCUGAUUGUGCUUAAGUUCAAAGACAUGAGGACCACGACUAACUUCUACCUGUCCAGUAUGGCCUUCUCAGAUCUCUUCAUCUUUGUGUGCAUGCCCCUGGACUUGUACAGGAUUUGGCAGUACAGGCCCUGGAACUUUGGCAACUUGCUUUGUAAGCUGUUCCAGUUUGUCAGUGAGAGCUGCACUUACUCCACCAUUCUCAACAUCACAGCCUUGAGCGUGGAGAGAUACUUUGCCAUUUGCUUCCCACUCAAGGCCAAAGUGGUCAUCACCAAGAGCAGAGUCAAAGGUCUCAUCUUUUUCCUCUGGUCAGUGGCCUUUGUUAGUGCGGGGCCCAUCUUUGUUUUGGUUGGCGUUGAGCACAUAAAUGGAACUGAUCCCCUCUUGACAAACGAAUGUAAGGCCACGGAGUACGCGGUCAAGUCCGGCCUCCUGAAUAUCAUGGUUUGGGUGUCCAGCAUCUUCUUCUUCCUGCCCGUCUUCUGCCUUUCGAUACUCUACAGCUUAAUUGGGAGGAAACUGUGGCGACGCAAGAGGGAGAGCGUGAGACCCAGCAUCAGCAGCAGAGAGAAGAACAACAAGCAGACAGUGAAGAUGCUCGCUGUCGUUGUGUUCUCUUUCGUGUUGUGCUGGCUGCCAUUUCACGUCGGCCGCUACCUCUUCACCAAAUCCUCUGAGGUGGACUCCCUUGAGAUGGUCCAGAUCAGCAAAUACUGUAGCCUGGUCUCUUUGAUCCUCUUCUACCUGAGUGCUGCAAUCAAUCCCAUACUUUACAACAUCAUGUCCAAAAAGUAUCGAGUGGCUGCUCUCAAACUGUUCCACGUCAAGAAGGCUCCGAGGAGAACUCCGUCAACAGUGAAGGAUGAGAGCUGCCCAGCCUGGACAGAGACCAGUAUAUGCACUUGA